AUGUCACACAAGACGAGCAGUAGACGGGCAACAGAUCUGGAAUGUCCGCUGGCAUCGCUUGGCCGGAAUAGCAAUGCCGUGCGGGAUCAAUUGGCGGCGGCGCAUUACCAUCAUCCGCAUCCAUUGAGCUCCAGUCCGCUGGAUCCGCAGGCUUACAAAAUGUCACGAAAGUCGCCAAAUCUGAGCCUUAAUGUGAACGAUACCGUUGUCAGCGGAGAGCUCUAUCCACUUGACUCCCGCAGCUCCACGCCGCACAGUGAGCAGCAGACGCCGUCGACUGCGGCAGCGGCGGCGGCAGCGACAACGGCAGCUGUGUUGCAUAUGGUGCAGCAGAAGGCUGCCACAUUCGAGCUGCGUGGACGGCACACACGGCACGAGCAGUCCAUCUACGGCGCACACUCGACCGCAUCUGUGGGUCGCCAUGUCCAAUCAAAGAAAUCACCCGAACUACAGACGCUGCCGGCACCGGCGACCAGGACCACGGUGCCAGUGCCACAGCCACGUAACUUUCUAACAUUGGACUGGUUGCAUGGCAACAGUGCCGACACCGAAGAUUCCAGUGAUAACAAUGCUGGCGGAGGCGGAAACGGAGGCGGAGGCGCCGCCAAUGGCAGGCGACGAGCUCAAGUCCAAAGUGGACGCUGCAGUGUGCCCACGGUGCUCGGCAAUGGCAACAGUGCUCAGUAUCUGCUCGACAAGAAGAUGGAGUCACUGUAUCUGGGCAAUGCGUUGCGUGCUCUGCCACUUGGAGCCGAAGCGAGCCAGUACCAGAACGAGCGUUACUACCUGGAGGAUUACAGCAGCGGCAGUGGCAACGAACGUCUACCAGAGCGUCUGCAUCAUCCGCGUAACUCCAGUCCGAGCGAGACGAGUGGCUCGGAUCGGUACUUGUUGAAUCGCAGCACCAACUCGCCCGCCAAUGCCUUCCAGCUGGAUCAUCACCACACCAAAGUGCAAAGCCUCUCCGAUGGCCUGUGCAAUAUGGGUCGCUUUUCCCCCAGCUUGGACCAGGGUUACGCCACGCUGGUGUCGCCAUCGCCAACUGGUCAUCACUCCAGCAGCACGGGCGGAAUGGUGGUGACCAGCAGCAGCAACAAGAAUACCAACUCCGGCGUUGUCGUGGCCAGUAGUACACCCGCCACGACACCUCGUCGGGGAUUAACCAACAAUGCCAGCGUCACCGCCACCGCCAUUGGACCACCGCCCUGGAAUCGCAAGGGUCCUUACCGCUGCGGACCGUACUUUGAGCGCCUGCCCGACGAAGCCGUCGUACGCAUCUUCAGUUGGCUGGACAGCUGUGAGCUGUGCAACGUGGCGCGCGUCUGUCGCCGGUUCGAGCAACUGGCCUGGCGACCCGUCCUCUGGAAGUGCAUCACGCUGCGGGGCGAGCAUCUGAAUGGCGACAAGACGCUCAAGAUGAUAUUCCGGCAGCUGUGCGGUCAGAGCUGCAAUGGCGCCUGCCCGGAGGUGGAGCGUGUCAUGCUCGCCGAUGGCUGUCGCAUCUCUGACAAGGGACUCCAGCUGCUCACGCGUCGCUGUCCUGAGCUGACGCAUCUGCAGCUGCAGACUUGUGUGGAUGUGUCCAAUCAGGCGCUGGUCGAGGCGCUUACCAAGUGCAGUAAUCUGCAGCAUCUGGAUGUAACUGGUUGCAGCCAGGUGAGCAGCAUAAGUCCAAAUCCACAUAUGGAGCCACCGCGUCGUUUGUUACUGCAAUAUCUCGACCUGACCGAUUGCAUGGCCAUUGAUGACAUGGGCCUCAAGAUUGUGGUCAAGAACUGUCCACAGCUGGUGUAUUUGUAUCUGCGACGCUGCAUACAAAUUACUGAUGCGGGUCUAAAGUUCGUGCCCAGCUUUUGUGUGUCGCUCAAGGAGCUAAGCGUCUCGGAUUGCGUCAACAUCACCGACUUUGGCCUCUACGAGUUGGCCAAAUUGGGCGCCGCGUUGCGUUAUCUCUCCGUUGCCAAAUGCGAGCGAGUCUCGGAUGCGGGUCUCAAGGUCAUUGCCCGACGCUGCUACAAGCUGCGGUAUCUAAACGCGCGUGGCUGCGAGGCAGUUAGCGAUGAUUCCAUCACAGUCCUGGCACGCUCCUGUCCCCGAUUGCGUGCCCUGGACAUCGGCAAGUGCGAUGUGAGCGAUGCGGGUCUUCGUGCUCUGGCCGAAAGCUGUCCGAAUCUGAAGAAGCUCAGCCUGCGCAAUUGUGAUAUGAUUACGGAUCGAGGCGUUCAGUGCAUUGCCUACUACUGUCGUGGCCUCCAGCAGCUGAAUAUUCAGGACUGCCAGAUAUCCAUUGAGGGCUAUAGGGCGGUGAAAAAGUACUGCAAACGCUGCAUUAUCGAGCACACAAAUCCGGGAUUCUGUUGAGACGUCAAUCGAUCGAUUUAAGCAAAGAGGCAGGCCAUACGAUAUGAGCAAAGAUGUUCUAAACAAUACACAUACUUCACUUGUACAUAAUUACUUACUUAAGCAGCUUGUAAAUAUUGUUAAGCAUAGGUAGCAUAUAGAGCAUUUGAUAGAACCUAAGUAGUGCGCCUUCUAGACUAAUUCUUGCUUAAUAAAUUAUUUCUUAUAACCCCACGUAA